AUGUUUCGCUGUACACGCCCAGAACAGCACCGUAGCGGCAAAGCUCGUGCUUUUGUGUUCCGUGAUCCCACGCUUAAAAUGAUGCGGGCGGGUAGUGGAUAUCAACAACUUCGGCGUAUGGGAAUGCCUGUACACAAGUGGGUUUGGGAUGGCGGAAAGUGGAUAGUUUCCACGCGAAUAAUCAGUACCAGCAUGCUUGGCCGCUUCUUUCUCAUGAUGAUUUGGGAAAUAGUGAUCAGUCGAAUAAUACAAAGAAUAUCAUGUACUCGAUGUACAUGCCGNGAUGAAUUUAUAUUUAUAAUUGCGUAUAUACACACAUAUAUAGACUUACACCCAUAG